UCAAUCAAUCGGUCCGUGAUUCACGCGCACAUGUCUACACAGCCCUCCUCCCUGCCCGUUGCAAAUUCUCCAAUUCUUCAUUGCUGUACGCCCCUCCGCCCACACCCAUGAAGCCGCGAGCAUCGUCGUCAUCUCCGAGGAAGCCAUUCUCCAGGCCAUAUUCUCAUUCCAGACCACCACGGUGCAGGGCGGCGGCGGCGGUUUGGGUGGUGAUGUGGGUGGUGGUGUGGGUGGUGGCGAGGGUGGUGGCGACAUGCCAGCCAGGCCUUGCUCACCCUCCGGGGCGUCACCGUCGUUGUCGCCAAAUUCAUCCUGGUCGUCACCGGCAGGCUCCUCCUCAUCCAUGUCGCCCUCCCCGCCCUCCUCAUCCAUCUCGCCCUCCCCGUCCUCCUUCACAGCGGGCAUGUCGCCACCACCCUCGCCACCACCCACACCACCACCCACAUCACCACCCAAACCGCCGCCGCCGCCCUGCACCGUGGUGGUCUGGAAUGAGAAUAUGGCCUGGAGAAUGGCGUUGGGUCGAGGGCUGAGCGGUCUGAUGACGAGGCAGAAGGGCGCCUCCUCGGUCGCGACGAGGCGAUGCUGACACACAUACAAGCGCACAGGCAGAGCCGGACGAAGUGUGUUUUGUGUAUUGUGUGUUGUGUGGCUGUGUGUAUGUGUGUGUGUCAGGCUGACCGUGUUGACGAAACCCGUGCGUCCCUUGAUGGUCCGGCCGUUCUCACACCGAUCAGAGCCGAGCAGCCGCGACACCAGGCUGGUCGUCCCCGCCCCUCUGAACGCGAAGACACCCCACAGGGGCGUGUCUGGCACGAUCGCGUCAUCGCCAAGAACAGCACGUCGCUGCGGACCGGCUGGCACUCGGCGCAUCGUGGUUGGGCUGGUGAUCAUCUCGAUGCGGUCGAAGUGCUCAUCUCCGGUUGGACGUGCGAUGGGAGGGAAUGAGUGGUUGACGAGGAAGUGGAACAGCGAUACCGCCGCCCUUCUGCUGCAGAUGGCCGUGACCCGUCCCACCUUGCCCGUCGCUCGAAUCCCCUCGCGGCGCUUGGUCUUGGACAGGACGACAAGGCUGGGCUCCUUGAGGCGUGGACGACCCAGAGCCUUGUGAAGCCCUUCCUCGAUCGACACCAACGGCGCGAAAACCUCUUGGUGCACCCGCAGAUUCUCGGUCCCCUCCCUCCCGCGCACACUUUCCAGCUGUGCAAGCUUGCUCGGCCAUCCCAUCCCCAGGUGGCCGUCGUUUGCAAGAAACGCCGUACGCCGCACCGACAGCUGGUGUCUGCGCCCGCCUGCUGAAGACUCGUCAGGUGCGUCGCCAUACGCUCUGGCUGCUGCAGGACCGGCGGUGUGCGUUGGAAGCGGCUCACGGCCGUCAAGGACGCGCUGGGCGCUGCGUGUGCGCCCAGGAAGCACCUCAGCGUCAUCUGGGAACGGACGCUUCGUCAU